CCCACACGGGACGGCAGCCCGCAGAGCCGAGCCGAUACUCAAGAUGGCAGGUCUAUCUUUAUACUUUGAAGAUAGCCAUGAUGAUCUGGAUGAUUUUGGAUUUGAUGACUAUGGUUCAGAGUGUGACGGCAUCCGUAUCACAGCCUUUCUUGAUGCAGGGCAAGACAACCUAACGCCUCUUGGGAGGCUAGAGAAGUAUGCCUUCAGCGAGAAUGUCUUUAACAGGCAGAUCGUGGCUCGUGGCCUGCUUGAUGUGCUUCGAGAGUUCAGUGACAAUGAAAAUGACUUUAUCAGUGUCAUGGAGACAGUUGCCAGAAUGUCAGAAGAUGGAGAGCCCACAGUGCGAGCUGAACUGAUGGAGCAGGUUCCUAACAUUGCCAUGUUUUUGCACGAGAGUCGGCCCAACUUCCCAGCUGCUUUCUCAAGAUACUUGGUACCGAUUGUUGUCCGGUAUCUUACUGAUCCAAAUAAUCAGGUGCGGAAGACGAGUCAGGCAGCACUGCUUGUUCUGUUGGAGCAGGGCCUUAUUUCUAAAGCCGACAUGGAGACCAAAGUUUGUCCAGUUCUGCUCGACCUCACAGAACCCAGCAGUGAUGAUGACUACAAAAUCGAGGCUGUAGCUAUCAUGUGUAAAGUUGUCACCAUGUUAAGCAAAGACACAGUGGAGCAUCUAUUGUUGCCACGUUUCUGUGACCUGUGCAGUGAUGCCAGACUCUUCCAAGUGCGCAAGGUGUGUGCAGCCAAUUUUGGAGAGUUUUGUUCUAUUGUGGGACAGGAGGCAACAGAAAAACUACUGAUGCCCAAGUUCUUCGAUCUUUGCUCAGACAGCCUUUGGGGCAUCAGGAAAGCCUGUGCUGAGUGCUUCAUGAUGGUUUCCAAUUCCACCUCUCCAGAGGUGCGACGUGCAAAAUUGUCCCCCCUGUUCAUCAGCCUCAUCAGUGACCAGUCCCGCUGGGUGCGACAGGCUGCCUUUCAGUCUCUGGGGCGUUUCAUCUCUACCUUUGCCAACCCAUCCAGCACAGGCCUUCACUUCAGAGAGGAUGGUGCUCUACUAGAGGUCCCUAGGUGUACAUCAGAUAGUGACUGCUCCCUAAACUCCUUGAACUGCUCCGACAUUAGCAGCUGCCACACAGAAAGAACCAUAACCCACACACCUCCGAACCAGGACGGCCGCGCCACACCGUCACCAGAGCAUGUGAUGACAGCUGACAGUGAGGAAUUGCACGGCUAUGAUGACAACCACACUUCUGUUCCUGGAGAGAUGCAUGACAGUUUCACCCACACAAAAAGCAAUGACAGCCCCACAGCUACAAAUAAUGCGAAGAACACAAAAGAAACAGAGCAGACAGAUGAGAACUUUAAUUCUUUCCACUAUUGGAGGUCUCCUUUACCUGACAUCAGCGGGGAACUGGAGAUGCUAAAUUGUCCAACAUCAGAGGAAGUGGUAGAGAAAGAGGAAAAGAAAGAGGUAGAAGAAGAGGAGCCUGAAGAGAUUUGUCCUGAAUCCAAGUCCAGCCAUGGCAAAGCUACCAGCGACCAGAUCCAAAAGGUUUUGGACUGUUUGCAACCACACAUUGAUGAUCCUGAUGUACAGGCUCAAGUCCAGGUGUUGUCAGCAGCUCUGAAGGCAGCCCAGCUCGACAGCCCAUCAGACAACAGCCCGACAGAUGACAGCCCGACUGAGCCCCAGCCAGAAGUGGAGCCUGAGAGCGACACUGACAGCCCGUUUGUGGAGAGUAAGUCUGUGGAGGUUCAGUCAGAGAGUGAGGAGUGUUGCACUGAAGAGGAGCAACUGGUAGAAACACCUCCAGCCUCAGAGUCGUGCCCUAUUCAGGAGCAAGGGGACGAGGAGACGCAGACGGAGCCUCUGGAGGACCAGGAGGAGUCUCCUUCUAGCUCCCCUGUACUGGAGUCUGAACUAAUUGAGAGUGUGGAGGAGGAGGGAAAGGAGGACUCUUCUCACAGCCCAGUGUUUGAGGAUAAACCUAAAAUCCAGAAUGUCAUCCCCCAGCAGCUGUUGGAUCAGUACCUCUCUAUGACGGACCCAGCACGGGCCCAGACAGUGGAUACAGAGAUAGCCAAACACUGUGCCUUCAGCUUACCGGGGGUGGCACUCACUUUGGGUCGACAGAACUGGCACUGCCUCAAGGACACGUAUGAGACACUCGCUACUGAUGUACAGUGGAAGGUGAGGCGUACGCUGGCUUUCUCUAUCCAUGAGCUGGCAGUUAUCCUGGGGGACCAGCUGACAGCAGCUGAUCUGGUGCCCAUCUUUAACGGUUUCCUCAAAGACCUGGAUGAAGUUCGCAUUGGAGUGCUCAAACACCUGUAUGACUUCCUGAAGCUGUUGCAUGCAGACAAGAGAAGAGAAUAUCUGUACCAACUGCAGGAGUUCAUGGUGACAGACAACAGUCGCAACUGGAGAUUCAGAUACGAGCUGGCAGAGCAGUUGAUCUUGAUCAUAGAGUUGUACAGCCAUUACGACGUGUAUGACUACCUCAGACAGAUAGCUCUCACACUCUGCUCUGACAAAGUCUCAGAAGUCAGGUGGAUCUCUUACAAACUGGUUGUAGAGAUUCUCCAGAAGCUGUACGCAUGUGGGGCUGAUGACCUUGGCCUGAACUUCAUUAAUGAACUCACCGUCAGGUUCUGCCACUGUCCUAAGUGGGUGGGGAGGCAGGCCUUUGCCUUCAUCUGCCAGGCCAUAGUGGAGGAGGACUGCAUGCCCAUGGAGCAGUUUAGCCAGCAUCUCUUGCCCAGCCUGCUCAGUCUCUCCUCAGACCCAGUGGCUAAUGUCCGUGUGCUGGUGGCCAAGGCUCUACGACAGAGUGUGAUGGAGAAAGCAUACUUCAAGGAACCGGGCUGUGCCUACUCUGACGAGCUGGAGGAGACUGUGAUGACUCUACAGUCCGACAAGGACCGGGACGUUCGCUUCUUUGCCAGCCUGGACCCAAACAAAAGCUUGAUGGACACAGCGCCUUUGAUCUAGCCUCAGCUCCCAAACCCCGUUACAGCCCACCUGCCUGUCUUACCUACCUGUCUGUCUGACUGAUGCACAGUCGGCGUAACCUGCAACACCAGCACCUGACCAGAUCCCCCAACCACUCGCCUGCUGGGCAGAACCGCACCAACGACCACUUGAGAAUCCUCUCAGAUGUUCAGCUUACAACAGAAAAGUAUGAGCAUGCUCAAACUACACAACCCAGUCUCUGGUUGGGCACUACAUAGCGCACAUUACGUUCACAACAACAACAAAACAAAAACAAAAAAAAAACUUCUCAGAGUUUGCAGAAAAUGAGCAGGACUCGGAUGUCAGCUGCACCAGCUUUGUGGUAGCUGCCGUAUUUACGCCUGAACUUUUCCUUACCCUCCUCCACACUAACAUCAUUGACUCAGACCCUUCCCCAAUCACAGACUUGUAAAACUAUGAUGGGCUCUCUCUCUCUCUCUCUCCAAAGCUAAUUCGAAGCUUGAUAUAAAAUUGAAAUGAUUUUUUUUUCUCAUUACUUCUUUUUGUGGAUUUUUUAAUGAACAAGCAGGCGAGGCCUGCCUGACUCUGAUGUGUGCACUAACUCAGGGGGACUCAUCCGAACCUAAACAGCAUUAUUAGCUCACCUGAUAAGCAGCAGCUUGUGGAUCCCUGGUGAAAAAAAACUCCAGCUGUCUGAGCAACAGACCAGCCAAACCAAGUAGCUCUGCUGGUGUCUCUCACCUCAUUUCCUCCUAAAUGCCUGUUGUCUCAGAUGUCUUCUGUCUACUGAGAUGUCCUCUGGGUUAUUGUCUGUUCGCUUCUACCUUCUUUUAUCACUCUUUUUCUCACCGGGUCUUCAUGGGCCACUGAAACCACUACUACUGCACAGAAGGAACAGUGAUUCUGCCACUCAGCGUAACUCUUGAUUAAAACCAUAUCUUUGACAUUUUUUGAACAAACAACUUAAUGAACUGUUAAUCCCUUCCCCGUGUCUGUUAACCAAAAAUGUGACCCAACGCGUCUCCCAAACAGCAGGAGACUAAUGAAAUACCUCUGUUUGGACAAGUCUGGCCAGUGUGUCGCACAUGUAAGACAAGCAUCCGCGGUUCAAACAGGCUCUGAAUGUCCUCAGUCGGUGAUUCUUUUUUGAGCAAUUCUGUGGUGUUGACGAAAACAUCAGCAACAAGGGCUCAUGAUGAAGUGACACAGAGUGACGCAAAACUCAGAGAGAAGAGGAAGAAAGCAAGCACACUGUUGGAUUAUGCAUGUUUCCCUCUUUCAUUCUUUCCCCCUUGUGUAUAGUGUAUUCCACUUCUUUAAGGUUGACCUCCUGAUACUGAAUUACGACCAUGGUUGCUUUCAGUGGAUCUGACUGACCAGUUGUACAGUAGGAUAUAGGAAUGGCUGUUAGGAGACUGAAAGACACCUGAUCAUCAUUUCCCUGUCUUGGUGGAAUGAUUUAAGUAUGAGGUUUCUCAAAAUUUUGAAAAUUUUUGUACAGCUUGAACCUGUGGAAAAAGGUAUGUGUUAAUGGAACCAAGGCCAGUGUAGUCUGGGUUUUUUACCCAUUGAGAUGUGUGUGAAUAUUGGGAGCAGUCACCAAGUCACUUUUUUUAGUCUCUUGAGCUCUUGUGUUUUCCCCUGUUGUAAAUGGUAACCCCGUUUUGUUUUGUUUUUUUUCUUUUCUUUUUGAACAUAGACAUAAGUUGCGAACUUAAGCUGAUUGUGGUGUGUGCUGUGCAUCUCAAGUCUUUCUUCCUUCGAAAGGAGAGCUCACUGCGGUAAUGGCGGUGUCCACUCAUCUCGUCUGUCUGCAAUUUGUGUCCAUCUCAUUUUUUAUGUAGUAGAACAGUUAAUAUAUACAUUUUAUGAAAAUUAUUUUUCUUUUUCAAUUAUGCACCACUGUUCAAAGAUUUUAUAUCCUAACUUUACAAAAUUUACAACCUUUGUAAUAUUCAAUGGUUUCUUUUAAAAAGACAUUUUAUGUAAUGUUAUUUUUAGUAUUCUGUAAUUAAAAUGAUGAAAAUUA